GAGAAACAAAAGUGCACCGAGGGGGAGGCAAAGGGGGCGUAAGUGCGUGUUUGUGUGUGUGCGCGCGCGCGCUUCCUUCCUUCCAGGUGGUGGAAGGGGAGCGCCCUUGCGCCCAAUGGGGUCGGGAGCAAAGGGAAGAGAGUGAUUCACGAAGAGCGCCGCCGGGCUCCCGCUGCCAGCAAAAGAGGCAUGGACCUCGCGAGCGCAGGGAGGCAGCGCGGGGUUCGUGCGGCGCGCGCCUGGCUGAGAAGCUCUUCUUGCUACCAGGACGCAACUGGAACUAGCGCGCACCGCCUCCACGCCACCCUGAGCAGCACCAGUCGCCGCCGUCGCCGCGUCCCUUACUCCUCCUCCGCCAGCUGCUGAAGCGCAGUUCUUGCUUUGCGAAAGCGGCUUCGAGCUGCCGCUGCCGUUGCCGCUCCUCUCCUGUCGGUGCCGUCUGUCCGGGCUGGGGCGCAGGCGGGAAGGUGGGCGCCUUUGCCCUUUUCACCCGCGGCGCUCCUCGAGUGCCUUCCCCGCUUCGGCUCCACCGAAGAAGAAAGGCAGCCUCUUUUCCGUCGGGGAGCGGGCGGCUUCUCCCCCUCCCCGGCGCUCCCCCUCCCCCUUCUUUCUUUCUGAGGGUGGGAGGGGAGAAGAGUAAAGAGCACCGGCGAGGGAAGGCAGACGCGCGCAGCCCGCCCUGGGUGUGCGUAAAAGAGCCAUGCGAGAAUACAAAGUGGUCGUGCUGGGCUCGGGCGGGGUGGGCAAAUCCGCUCUCACCGUCCAGUUCGUGACGGGCUCCUUCAUCGAGAAAUACGACCCCACCAUCGAGGAUUUCUACCGCAAGGAGAUCGAGGUGGAUUCCUCGCCCUCGGUGCUGGAGAUCCUGGAUACGGCCGGCACCGAGCAGUUCGCCUCCAUGAGAGACUUGUACAUCAAGAACGGGCAAGGUUUUAUCUUGGUCUACAGCCUGGUCAACCAGCAAAGCUUUCAGGACAUCAAGCCCAUGAGGGAUCAGAUCAUCCGGGUCAAGAGGUACGAGAAAGUGCCCAUGAUCCUGGUGGGCAACAAAGUGGACCUAGAGGGCGAGCGUGAGGUCUCGUUUGGGGAAGGCAAAGCGCUGGCGGAGGAGUGGAGCUGCCCCUUUAUGGAAACUUCAGCCAAAAACAAAGCCUCGGUGGACGAACUCUUUGCCGAGAUAGUCCGGCAGAUGAACUAUGCUUCCCAACCGAACGGAGACGAUCAGUGCUGCUCUUCCUGUGUGAUACUCUGAAAGGAGGGGAGGGCAACACAACUGCGUCGCUUUAUUUUGUGUGGUGUGCUUUUUUAUUUUUAUUUUUUUAAAUAAAGGUUUACAACACCAUCACACAAAGACAGCGGCUGUGGCAGCAAUGUCGGCAUCCUGUGAAACUCAAGCUUUUGAAACGAUUUUGCAUUAGCCGCCCCCCCCCCCCGAUUUCUUCCAGGUUACGGCUUAUUCUAUUGCUGCUGCGGGUGGUUAUCGGUGUCGUGGGUAUGCAUUGUCUCUCGUUAACAUCUGGCAAAAAGCAAAACCCCACAACCCUUCCCCAGUCUCGUUGGAAAUGUGGCGCUUUCAACAUGUAUUUGCCAUCAGUUUGAUUGUUGCUUAUUUCUUGUAAGUACCUCUUUGCAGAGAGGGCUGUAUUGGCAACUGGGAACCCACAGUGUGUGCUCCUUGGAAGGGAGGGGGAAUUAGCAAUUGCUUUUAACAGGAUUUUUUUUUUAAGUACACCCACAAGAAAUGAAGGGGAGCAGCAAAGGAAGAAUGUUUGUACAUUGGGUGGAGGGAGUAAAGACCCUCCAUUUGUCAGUCUGAACUCAGCCAGUGACAAGGAAACUUUUGAUUCUUGCGGAUUUCUAUGCAAAGUUGGAAUAUUUGUUAACAAGCCUAUCCCAUCUGAAAAAGUAUUGCACGUGUAAUGCCUGGGACUUUAAUAACACUGAUGCCAAUACAGUGUGCGAGAUGCCAGAGAAGUGUCUGCUGAUUAAUUGUGAAAUUUUCUAUUUUUGUUUACCUGCUGUAUCGAAAGGGAGGGAAUGGAGAACAUUUAUUUGUUUUUGUUUUUUAAAAAAAUCAGCUGUGAAAACAUUACAGAUCUGCACAAUUUUUAA